CUAUCUCCAUUUAACUUUUUUUAUUCAUCUCUAAUAAAUAGAGAUCUCAACUAAUCGAAGUUUUGUUUGAUUUAUUGAUUUGAGUAGAAAUGAGCUAAAUCUUAUGAUUUUGUUUUUAACAGGUUUGGGAAAGAAGAUCAGGAUAGGGCUUGAUGGAUUUGGAAGAAUUAAACGUUUUAUUGCGAGAACAGCUUACAGAGAUGAAACCAAGGUUUCGAAUGCCAGUGAUGUGCUUAAGGCAUCCACUUUUAAGCAUGACUCAGAUGGUUUUGGAUCUGCUGGGUUAAAGUCUUUCAGAGCAUUAGCAGUCAUUGGUGCUGGAGUCUCUGGACUACUUAGCUUCGCAAGUGUUGCUUAUUCUGAUGAGGCAGAACAUGGCUUAGAGUGUCCCAGCUAUGCUUGGCCUCACGAAGGCAUUCUCAGUUCUUAUGACCAUGCUUCGAUACGUCGUGGUCAUCAGGUUUACCAGCAAGUGUGUGCAUCCUGCCACUCAAUGUCACUAGUUUCAUACCGUGAUCUUGUUGGUGUUGCGUACACUGAAGAGGAAACUAAGGCCAUGGCAGCAGAAAUUGAGGUGGUUGACGGCCCUAAUGAUGAGGGCGAGAUGUUCACUCGCCCUGGUAAGCUGAGUGAUCGAUUUCCACAGUCUUAUGCAAAUGAAGCAGCUGCAAGGUUUGCUAAUGGUGGAGCUUAUCCUCCUGAUCUAAGUCUUAUCACUAAGGCCCGGCAUAAUGGUCAAAACUAUGUUUUCACUCUUCUAACUGGCUACCGGGACCCUCCUGCUGGUGUUUCGAUUAGGGAAGGUCUUCACUAUAACCCUUACUUCCCUGGUGGAGCUAUAGCGAUGCCUGAAAUGGUUAAUGAUGGUGCUGUUGAGUAUGAAGAUGGUACACCUGCAACUGAGGCGCAAAUGGGAAAAGAUGUCGUCUCGUUCUUGUCAUGGGCUGCUGAGCCAGAAAUGGAAGAGAGAAAGCUGAUGGGUUUCAAAUGGAUAUUUGUUUUAUCACUUGCACUUCUCCAAGCAGCUUACUACCGUCGCCUGAGAUGGUCUGUCCUGAAAUCUCGCAAAUUGGUCCUCGACGUUGUCAACUGAUUUCAUUCAAAUCUCACUACGUGAACUGAUCAUGAGCAUUUCUUUUUGUGUACUAGUGCGCAGGGGCACAAUGAAUAAUGAUAUUAUUGCCCAAUGAUCUGAAUUUUCAGUGUUAUACAAUAGAAUCUAGACAAUAGAUGCUGCCAUUGGAGCUAUUCUUUUGAGGGGGAAAUAAAUAGCUGCUGUACUAUUUAUACAAUAUAGUCUAGAAUAAAGCUUUGUUUUCUGGAAUUCUAAGCGCUGAGU